CGUAGCAGCGUUUAUAAAGUCGCAUGUGUUUCACGUGAUAUUUCUCAUUUUCCUAGCUUCACAACAGACCAAGAUGGCGAUGGUAUCUUUUGGAGGAUGUGAGCGACGUGUGCCCAGUUUGGUCGUGUCGCAGUUCCAGAUGGGUCUCCAGUUCAUUGACAAACUAAUGGCUGGAUUACAGGUGACCCAGUUCAAGACUGGUAUCCAAUUCAUUGACAAACUAAUUGCUGCACUGCAGUUUAGAUAUUACAAUGUCAAACGAAACAUAGAAAAUGCUAGUGUGGCUUUCUCAAAGGCUGAAAGUGAGUUAGAAAACCAUAUCCGUCAUCAAACCAGAAAGUGUCGGGAAGAGGAAGCAGAACUAUCAAACAUGCAGAGGAGACGCCAAGAAAUUCUUAAAUCUCUGGCAGGCUUGAAAGAUUCACUGGAGUCUAUGUCCAAAAUACUCGAGGAACAGAGAAAGAAGGUUCGAAAUGCUCAGUCAGAUGUGAAAGAUUCUGAGAUACGUGUCCGAAAGGCACAAUCUGACUACGAAGACGCCAUCGCAACUAGAAACGGGGUUCGGGUAGCAGGAUGGGCGACGAUAUGGAUACCUUUCGUCGGAGCAUCACUCUUGUUAGUUUCUGAAACAGCACUCAACGAUUGUGUUGAUAAUGCAGAACAUUGCCUUGACUCCACUAAGUCCGAUUUAUCCAGUGCUGAAGACACUCUAUGUGAGAUGGCAAAAGCUCGUGAAAAUACUCAAGACAAUAUCAAGCGACGUAAAAUGGAAAAGACCAAAAUGGAAGACAAAAUGGAGGAGACUCAGAAGAAUAUUUCUACAUACAGGAAGGACAUUAACGAGCAAAAUCGAACCUUGACAGCGUUGAGGAAGGUGAUGACUCGUCUGGGUAAAGUGUCGGGACGAGCAGAGGUACUAAAUGAUGCCACAGUCAUCAUGCAUGAUAUAGCAGAGAUCGGGAUACCUCUUAAGAGUUUGCUUGACAGUUUUGAGGAGUUCAUUACGCAACCAGAUCUCUGGAAGAAGGUGCUUUCUCGUCCAGUUUUUCUGGCCGUUUGCGAUGAUGACGAUGGAGACUGGUGAAUGAAAACAGAAAUGAUACCUUGACAAUGUUGCUAAGAUUGUUGUCUCCAUCACGUGAAGAGGAUUAUCAAGUUCUUAAUGAUUCUUGAUCAGGUUUUAUUUGAGAACGAUCGGCAUUGGAUUCAUGUAGAUCAGUGUCAAUGUAUGUUUGGACUCUGACGAAUAAGCCGUCUGUUAUGUUUUGUGUGUUUCCCGUCUCCAGGCGGGCCUAAAAUACUUUUGCCCGCUUGGCCAUUAAUCUUUCCGUUCUGACAAGCAAUAGACGAAUUUCCCAUUCAUAAAUAGAUUUUGUACUCUACUUUUUUAUCUUGAGAAUAAUCGAGUGUGGAAAUAUAUCAGGCUUUUUCCUCUUUCUCCCCCCUUUUCCGUCUUCAAAGCUUUGACGACGACACAGCAUUCGUUGUAAUUCGAUCGUAGACCAAGUAACGAUGCACUCUUGGUAAAAAUUAGUGAAAAAGUUAUGACCAGUUUUGAAUCCUUGAUAUCAAUAAUUCAAAUUGAAUUAUUUGAUAGGCAUUACUUAGAAGUUGACGGGUGAUAAAGUAGACACAAUUUAUUGAUAAGUACUAAGAGCCAACGGCAGAAACGCAACCAAACGCCAAGAACCUAAAGAUGUAGUUUAUAGAUUUGACUGUGGACAAGCAUUGGUGUGGUGCAACUGUGGUAAAACAUUCCGCCCCAUGAACACCGGAAUCAAAGAGCACAAAGCUUCAACCAUCAAAUCAGACAGUAAAUCAGCCAUCUUGGACCAUAUCAGCAACUCCCUCAAUCACAACAUCAACCGGGAAAACGUUUAAUUCCUCUCUAACAACCUCAAUGAUUUCAUCAAAAGAAAACUAACUGAAGCAGUCCACAUUCGCCACCACAAGCAACCAAUCAACAGAGAUCCAGGCUAUUUCAUCCUAUCCGCCUACUAUGAACUCACUGAGCAAUAAUCUCCAUCUCCAUGUAAACCUAUCCUGUUUAAUUAGCUUCCUGACUGAUGGGCUUCCACCUCGUCUGUUCUCUGUCUAUCAAGUUGUUAUAGUAUGUUAUCCUUCUGUUGUCAUUACUUAACCUACUCAUGUUAUCCCCACUCAUGGAUGCAUUUGUUCUCUGUCCAUAAAGUUGUUAUAGUAUGUUAUCCUUCUGUUGUCAUUACUUAACCUACUCAUGUUAUCCCCACUCAUGGAUGCAUUUGUUCUCUGUCCAUCAAGUUGUUAUAGUAUGUUAUCCUUCUGUUGUCAUUACUUAACCUACUCAUGUUAUCCCCACUCAUGUUAUCCCCACUCAUGGAUGCAUUUGUUCUCUGUCCAUCAAGUUGUUUUAGUAUGUUAUCCUUCUGUUGUCAUUACUUAACCUACUCAUGUUAUCCCCACUCAUGUUAUCCCCACUCAUGGAUGCAUUUGUUCUCUGUCCAUCAAGUUGUUUUAGUAUGUUAUCCUUCUGUUGUCAGUACUUCACCUACUCAUGUUAUCCCCACUCAUGUUAUCCCCACUCAUGGAUGCAUUUGUUCUCUGUCCAUCAAGUUGUUUUAGUAUGUUAUCCUUCUGUUGUCAUUACUUAACCUACUCAUGUUAUCCCCACUCAUGUUAUCCCCACUCAUGGAUGCAUUUGUUCUCUGUCCAUCAAGUUGUUUUAGUAUGUUAUCCUUCUGUUGUCAGUACUUCACCUACUCAUGUUAUCCCCACUCAUGUUAUCCCGACCUAUGGAUGCAUUUGUUCUCUGUCCAUCAAGUUGUUUUAGUAUGUUAUCCUUCUGUUGUCAUUACUUAACCUAGUCAUGUUAUCCCCACUCAUGUUAUCCCCACUCAUGGAUGCAUUUGUUCUCUGUCCAUCAAGUUGUUUUAGUAUGUUAUCCUUCUGUUGUCAGUACUUCACCUACUCAUGUUAUCCCCACUCAUGUUAUCCCCACUCAUGGAUGCAUUUGUUCUCUGUCCAUCAAGUUGUUUUAGUAUGUUAUCCUUCUGUUGUCAUUACUUAACCUACUCAUGUUAUCCCCACUCAAGGAUGCAUUUGUUGUUACUGUUAAUCCUCCACCUACUAUAUAUAUUCUGUACCAUCUUCAUCUUACAGUCUUGCAUGACAACUGUAUAAGGGUCUAUUCCGAAAUGUCUCCUUUACAGUAAUUAAAGAAGUUGUUUUCCAUACAUUUUGUCUACUUUUAAUAAUUCAAAUUGUCAACCAACUAACACCCAACCAAAAGAAAGUUUUAAUGUAGUUGUGUAGUUUCCUUCACUGACUCCCCUGAUCAAACAGAGGAAGCAAUGGUAAGUGUAGUCAAAUACCUUAUUGCCCUAGUCGCAAAACAUGACAUUAGAUCAUCAAGUAAAUGUCACUCUAUCAAAAACAAAAACUCAUAUGUUUUGUCAGACAUUUAAUGCAAGGUACGAUCUUUAUAAAAGUGCUACAUUAUAUGGGAAUAGAUCAAUUUUUUUUCUGUUUUAUAAACUGAAGGUGUUAAAACAAUUGACGAUGUGACGUAUUGGUUCAUCUUGUGAGUGACAUAUGCAGUUGUUGUACUCCCGAAUAGGAAGUAACAUCAUCAGACCGGAAGUGCUUAGAACUUCCUUUGGCUGGACAAAGUGAAUGGACAGUCUGACGUUAAAUUAUAUCACAAGAACAUGUACUUUCCAAGACCAGAUGUCAACAGAUCGGAAGGUUUUUCGUUUCCUUAUGGGGCUAGUUACUCUUUAAUCUUUUUGAAAUAUCUGCAUAAAACACGAGUCUCACAUGGCUUCGAUACCACCGAUGGCUAGUGGAUAGAGCGUCCGCCUGGAGAGCGGAGAGUCGGGAGUUCGAUCCCCGGCCCCUUCCUGUCGCUUGGCAUGAAGGGGAUAAAACGAGGACUGGUCGGCUCGGAGUCUGUACACUGUGUCUGAGUGGGUUAUUCGUGUUAAAUUGCGGCAUGGUAUCUCAGCGGGCUAGCACUGUACCAUAGGCAUUAGUUUUGAAGCCAGUAGACGGCAAAUGAUGAACGUGUUUUCACGAUUUGAUAUAACAUAUCAGCCGAAUCAUACAUAGUAACCAUGAGAUCGAAAUUAAAGUGAGCUCUACAAGCGCACCAUUCAAGCUGAGUCGCUUCAUAUGAGUGAAUGUUGUGUUGAGCCACGACGAGUUCAAUGAUGAACAGUUUUGUCAGUUAUGCAAAAACGCGUCAGGGAGGAUAACCCGAAGUGAUGCAGUAAUCAGAAUUUUCUUUUUAACACGAAGCCAAGUAAUGUUUCCAGUAAUUUCGGAGCCUAUAUAUUAUAUUAUGUAAAGCUGACAUCAGGUACUCGUACGUGGUUGAAGUUGCCUCAAUGUCAGGCAGUAUUAUGGGCCACACAAAUAUGCAUGGAGUAGGGCUCCUUAGCUUUCUCAAACUAAUCACAUGUUACUACUAUGUAUACAUCACAAAUCGGCCGUAUGUGAGAGCCGGAGGAAAAUGUAUGCAAAUGUAUGCAAACGUAUGACUUAUCGACAUAGUCACUGUACACUGUACAUCAUGGCGGAUGUCAGCAAGAGGACGAUUGCCAAGGCAGAGAAAGACCUGAUGAGCCCGAAAGAUGCUAAGGAGGACAUGAUGUUGGUCCUUGGGCCUCACAUGAACUGGCAGGAGAUGCUGUGUCCCGCCCCUCUCUCGGUGUGUCUCCUGGGGCAACUGGUCCUCGUCACGCUGGACAAGGACGUGUCUCUUGUGUCGGAACACAUGACUAGGGAUCGCUUCAAACACACCGAGUACCCGGAGUCCCUGCGGACCAGCAUCCUUCAAGUUGCUGAUGAGGGAUGGAAUGCUUUCAACCUGGCCAACAAAAACAUGGAUCAAAUACGGCUGCUGACACUGCAGAUUCCUUAACACGUCAAGAACGCAGUCAAGGAGGACAUGAUGUUGGUCCUCGGGCCUCACAUGAACUGGCAGGAGAUGCUGUGUCCCGCCCCUCUCUCGGUGUGUCUCCUGGGGCAACUGGUCCUCGUCACGCUGGACAAGGACGUGUCUCUUGUGUCGGAACACAUGACAAGGGAUCGCUUCAAACACAUAUUUGUGUGGAAUAUGUGUGAUGGUCUGUUCGUUUUGAUAUCACCACUUUCAUCAUAUUUUGUACUUGAUACUGCCAUUGAAUAUUGUACUACCACUCUUUUGUAUACUGGCAUUGUAAUUGCUGUGUAGUAAUUUGUAUUGGUUUGUAAACAUAGUUAAUUUUGAAAUACAAUGAUUGUAUACCAUU